AGGCUCGGGGCGGGGGGCCACGGCGCGCACCUCGGAGACCGAGCGUCGGCGGGCCGCCCCGGGCCUGGCGAAGGCGGAGCCACGCGGGGGUCCCCACCCCCACCCGGAAUCCUCGCCCGGGAGAAGCCCGGCAGCCCCGGCGGGGAGGAGGAAGUGUCCGGCGCACCCGCCCCGCGCCGAUCCCGCCCCCGCCGGCGCACUUGGGGAGCCGCGGGACUCUGCCUCGGACAGCAUGCUGCUCGAGACGGGAGCCCCCUCGAGGUGGAGCCGCUGAGUUCCCGGGCCUCGGCCGGGCGUUCCCGGGGGGAGCCGAGGGACCCCCCCUUCCCCCACACAACUUCCCCGCUGUGCACCUGGGACUGGCGGAGCGGCCGGGCGACUUUGACGCGGGACUUCGGGCGACCGGCGGCCCCCGGCUCGGGUCGCCAGUCGGGGCUGGGGGGUGGGGGGACGUGCCCCUCGCCCCCAGCUGCUCUCCGCGGAUGGCGCCGCCGGCUGAGUGAGGGAGGCGGCGCGCAGGACUUCCCCGCCCGGACCUCUUGUCUUCGCGGGGAAGAUGUACGAGAGUGUGGAAGUGGGGGGGCUCACCCCCACCCCCAAUCCCUUCCUUGUGGUGGAUUUUUAUAACCAGAACCGGGCGUGUUUGCUCCCGGAGAAGGGGCUCCCCGCCCCUGGUCCCUACUCCACCCCGCUCCGGACUCCGCUUUGGAAUGGCUCAAACCACUGUAGGUCUUGGAAAAAGUUAGCACAACAAAGGGCUCCUUUGUCGCUCACCCCUCUGCCUCCUGGCCUCACCCAGGCCCCCCAACCCCGCGCCUCCCCCAGCAGCUGUUCUCAGGCCUGUCUGAUUUGCUUGUCUGGCCUCAGGGAAGCCAUUGAGACCCAGAGCAGCAGUUCUGAAGAGAUAGUGCCCAGUCCUCCCUCGCCGCCCCCCCUCCCCCGCAUCUACAAGCCUUGCUUUGUCUGUCAAGACAAAUCCUCAGGCUACCACUAUGGGGUCAGCGCCUGUGAGGGCUGCAAGGGCUUCUUCCGACGCAGCAUCCAGAAGAACAUGGUGUACACGUGUCACCGGGACAAGAACUGCAUCAUCAACAAGGUGACCCGGAACCGCUGCCAGUACUGCCGGCUGCAGAAGUGCUUUGAAGUGGGCAUGUCCAAGGAGUCUGUGAGGAAUGACAGAAACAAGAAGAAGAAGGAGGCGCCCAAGCCCGAGUGCUCUGAGAGCUACACGCUGACCCCCGAGGUGGGGGAGCUCAUCGAGAAGGUGCGCAAAGCGCACCAGGAAACCUUCCCGGCCCUCUGCCAGCUGGGCAAAUACACUACGAACAACAGCUCAGAGCAACGUGUCUCUCUGGACAUUGACCUCUGGGACAAGUUCAGUGAACUCUCCACCAAGUGCAUCAUCAAGACUGUGGAGUUCGCCAAGCAGCUGCCCGGCUUCACCACCCUCACCAUUGCUGACCAGAUCACCCUCCUCAAGGCCGCCUGCCUGGACAUCCUGAUCCUGCGGAUCUGCACGCGGUACACGCCCGAGCAGGACACGAUGACCUUCUCCGACGGGCUGACCCUGAACCGGACCCAGAUGCACAAUGCUGGCUUCGGCCCCCUCACGGACCUGGUCUUCGCCUUCGCCAACCAGCUGCUGCCCCUUGAGAUGGAUGAUGCUGAGACUGGGCUUCUCAGUGCCAUCUGUCUCAUCUGUGGAGACCGGCAGGACCUGGAGCAGCCAGACAGGGUCGACAUGCUUCAGGAGCCGCUGCUGGAGGCGCUGAAGGUCUACGUGCGGAAACGGAGGCCCAGCCGCCCCCACAUGUUCCCCAAGAUGCUGAUGAAGAUCACGGACCUGCGAAGCAUCAGUGCUAAGGGGGCCGAGCGGGUGAUCACGCUGAAGAUGGAGAUCCCGGGCUCCAUGCCGCCUCUCAUCCAGGAAAUGCUGGAGAACUCCGAGGGCCUGGACACUCUGAGCGGACAGCCAGGGGGCGGGGGGCGGGAUGGGGGGGGCCUGGCCCCCCCGCCUGGCAGCUGUAGCCCCAGCCUCAGCCCCAGCUCGAACAGAAGCAGCCCGGCCACCCACUCCCCGUGACUGCCCGUGCCCCGUGGACACAGCCCUCACCCCACGCCCUGGCUUUUCUCUGCCUUUCUACCAACCAUGCGACCCCCACUGGCCCUACCCCCCUGCCUGUCCUCCCUUUCCUCGGGGACAGGAGGGCGGAGGCGGCGACUCUUCAGAGGGAGGCCCGGGCAGGAUGGACUGCCUCUCCUGCAGCCUGGGCGGACGGCAGGGGCAAUGUCGUGAACUGAGUGAGGACCCCUGGUCCUGGGCCUCAGGACGGAGCCUGGGGGCCUUGCGUUCAUCAAGACAGCCCUCUGCCCCCCUCGCCACAUCUUCAUCACCAGCAAAUGCCAGGACCUGGCUCCCCCAUACUCAGAACCCGCAAGCCAUUGCCCCCCGGUUGGGAAACCCCCCUGCCUCGGUUGGUGACAGAGGGGGUGGGCCAGGGGUGGGGGGUUCCCCCUGUACAUACUCUGCCAUACCAACCCCCAGGUAUUAAUUCUCGCUGGUUUUGUUUUUAUUUUAAUUUUUUUUUGGUUUUGAUUUUUUUAAUAAGAAUUUUCAUUUUAAGCACAUUUA